UCACUACGCACUGGGUGCGCAGGAUCGCACGGCAAGUCGACACGCAGGUGCGGUCAGCUGACCAGCAGAUAGCAACGUCGAAGACAAGACCGCGAGGAGAAGAGACGUCUGCGUGGAGCGCUGUGGAGAUAGGUCCCGCGGAGAACUCUCCGUACCAGUUCAUCUCCGGUUUCGGCGAGUACGAGACGUUGUUUCGGCCGGGCGUCGGCUUCGAGGGCGUCGACCACCUCAACAAGGUCAGCGCGCCACUCGGCUGCAAGUUCAUGUAUGCAGACGCGCCGCUGCCCGUCUGCAGCUUCGGCGGCAACUGGCUCUCUGUCAUAGCAGAGACGAGCCGAGCCAUCAACCUUACAGGUACUGCUCAGGUGUUCCUCGUUUGUGGAGGAAGGAACGUGGGUAAAUCGACAAUGGCACGACACCUAAUCAACUCUGCAUUGUCUGAGUGUAAGCGAGUUGCGUACCUGGAGUGUGACAUAGGUCAGACUGAGUUCACCCCGUCGGGCUGCAUCUCUCUACACAUUGUCACCACACCUGUGAUCGGCCCGCCGUUUACGCACCAGAGGAAGCCAUAUAGAAUGUGCUACUAUGGACAUAUAGCGGCCCAGGAAGACCCAGUACACUACGUCGCAUGCGUGAAAUACGUCUACCAGGCUUACGUCAAGUUGAGGCGCGACAGGGUUCCCUUAAUUGUAAACACCAUGGGCUGGAACAGAGGUAUGGGACUAAACUUGCUGGUGGAUGUAAUAAACAUCACGCAGCCCACGCACGUGGUGCAGUUUGUGCAUUCGAGUCCCAAUAAGAACCUGCCACUGGUGAAUGAGGAAUUCCUGUCCUGCACCCCAGGCAUGGUCUACGAACAGAGAGCCCUGAGCAACCAUAGGCAUUUGUUGGUGGAGAGUUACGAGGAAUAUCAUCAAAGGAAGAAGCAAUACAAACCAGAAGAUCAUCGGCAUCUCAGCUUUCUCGCCUAUAUGGGCAAGAUGCUUGACUUCACAGUUACUGGAAAGUCGUUGCCACUUGAGGCUCUCCAGCCAUACAGUCUUCCAUGGAGUGCAGUUGGGAUUCAUGUGAGUCAUGCAGUUAUUCCAAACUCACUUGCCCUGCUUUCAUUGAAUGCGAGUGUUGUAGCAUUGUGUGCUGCUGAUCCAAAAGAGAUGCUGAGUUCAGAAGAUGAAACACUGCCCCGGUUCUUUCAUUCUACUCCUGUGUGCAAAUGCUUUGGCUUCGGUAUCGUGCGGGGAAUUGACCCAGUGCAGAAGGUGUUCUACAUACUCACGCCGGUGCCCUUUGCUGACCUUGGCAAGGUUAACACGCUACUGAAAGGUGUGCUGGAAAUUCCAUCGUGCAUCAUGACGACACAGAAGUGCCAGCAGCCACUGCCAUACGUCAUGGAGGCUAGGCACAUACCGCGUGUCCUUGGGAAGGAGUCGGUGAAGAGAUCUUUCAAAGCGCGGCCCAAGUACAAACGCCAGGGCGGCGCGCGACCAAGCCAGAGAAAGAGACAGCCGUGAAGAUACGCUUGCUUAGAAAGAUUAACAUGAAUACAUCAAAUGGAUUCAUUGUUGGAGAUUUUCUCGCGAUGACUUGAUGAGGUUUACGCAAACGUUUGAAGUGUGAUAUCAGGAAAAGUAACUUACUCAUGUAUUACUUAUUUGACAUCGGUAAAAAAACGAUGCGGGAAAAUGAAAGCACAUUUUUUACUCUAACUUAUCGUCGUAACUAGGAAAGUAAUUGGAAAUCCAAGAGAGGUAAUUAUUUUGAUUUUGUGCUAUUUUGUUACUAUAGUUGUAUCCUCUCGUAAUAUACAUAGCUGAGACGUUGAGUGAAUUUGGUUAUUCAUGUGUUUUGCUCUGGCCACUGUCACAGUGACAAUUGUACAAUGCUGCUAAGACGUGGCUUUGAAUUAUGGCUGCCAUUGAUGGCGCAAUGAUUGAAAUUGAUUGGAGUUCCUUUAUAUAGAUAUAUUAUAUAUUAUUUAUAUAUUAUAUUAUAUAAAACUGUCUCUGAUGAUGCAUUAAA